UCUUCAUUGGCCAUGUCUACGUUUGACGCAAUCGUUGUUGGUGCCGGCUUCGGCGGCAUCUUCAACCUCUACAAGCUCAAGGAGCUGGGGCUAUCUGUCAAGUGCAUCGAGAAAGCCCCCGAAAUCGGCGGCACCUGGUACUGGAGCCAAUAUCCUGGAGCCACCAGUAACUCCGCCAGUGAAGUGUACAGGUUCAGCUUUGACAAAGAGCUGCUCAAGACCUAUCCCUGGUCAAGGCAUUUCCUUCCCCAAAAGGAAAGCCAGGCCUAUCUGAAGCAUAUUGUAGAGCGCUACGACCUGGGCCCGCACAUCCAGUUGAGCACGGAGUUGAAGGAAGCCUCAUUUGACGCUGCUACGUCUACUUGGAAUGUCAGCCUCUCAAAUGGCGAGACCUACAAGACGACAUAUCUGGUGCUGGCCUGCGGUAGUCUUCACAUACCCAACUGGCCCAAGAUUCCCGGCCUCGACAAGUUUUCCGGCCCCGUCUAUCACACUGGCGACUGGCGCGAGAAGCAUGACCUCAGCGGGAAGCGAGUCGGCGUCAUCGGCACCGGCUCAUCGGGAGCCCAACUCGUGGUCAAUAUUGCCGAUGAGGUGAAGCACCUGGUCUCUUUCCAGCGAACAGCCCAGCACGUUGUCCCUCACCCCGAUGGCCCUGUCUCAGACGAGUACAGGGAGUGGAUCAACAACAACUACGACGACGUCUGGGAGCAGGUCAAUAACCACCCCAUGGGGCAUGCAAUUGUUCACAAAUCGACCCCUACCAUGAGCGUCAGCGCAGAAGAGCGCGAGAAGAUCUGGGAAGACCUUUGGAAUCACGGCGCAAGCGGCUUCAGCUUCCUGUACGGCCCGUUUGGCGAUAUCCAUAGCAGCGCAGAGGCCAAUCGCGAGCUCUGCAAGUUCUUUGAGAAGAAGAUUGCCCAGUCCAUCACCGACCCGGACAAGCUGAAGAAGCUGACCCCCAGCCUAAUCUACGCCAAGCGGCCUGUCACUCUCUCGGGCUACUAUGAGACGUUUAACAAGGAAAACGUCGACAUUGUCAACUAUGAACACACGCCGUUUGUAACGGUCAACGAGAAAGGCAUCUUGACAGAGGAGAAGCAGUGGGAUCUCGACGUCAUCAUCCUGGCCACUGGCUACGAACCCAUUGACGGAAGUUACAACAAAAUCGACUUUCAAGGAAAACACGGCACCCUCAAGGACAGCUGGGCCAAGGCCGGUCUUCCAACUUCAUAUCUCGGCAUCGGCGAAUCCGGCUUUCCCAACAUGUUCUUCAUUGUCGGGCCCCAGUCGCCACCCACCAACAUACCGCCGCUGGUUGAAUCUCAAGGCAACUUCAUCGCAGGCCUGAUUGAGAAGGCUGAAGCGCAGAAGAAGGAGAAUGGCGGCAAGACUGUUCUCAUUGAGGCCGAAGAGGAGGCCAAGCAACAGUGGAUGGAAAAGUGCCGAACGCUGUCAGAGGGCAGCUUGUUCAGAGCGGUCAAGUCUUACAUCUUUGGCAACAAUCUGUCUGGAAAAGAUGCUCCUGGUAUCUGGUGGCUGGACGGUUAUGGAGCCUACCAAAGCACCAUCAAGGAGGUGAUAGAGAAUGGGUACCCUGGAUUCUCGUUUUCCACUUAAAGGGCUUUAUUGGAGGAUAUAGGAAGAUUUGUAGCAUUUGCCUGUUUAGAAUAUACCUUGAUUGAAUGACUA